AUGGGUGGGGUCGGGUUGGGAGAGGGCAGGGUCAAGUUCCCGCUGUACACUUGGACGCUGGUUUGCUGCGAUUACAUCUCUGAGGAUGAUGAGGUGGUGCUCCAGAGUGUGGCCACCAUCCAGAAGGAGCAUCGCAAGUUCUGCCUGGCCGCUGAGGGACUAGGAAACCGUAUAUGUUACCUGGAAUCCACGUCGGAAGCUAAGUAUGUUCCUCCGGACCUGUGUAUUUGUAACUUUGUGUUGGAGCAGUCCCUGUCAGUGCGGGCCCUGCAGGAGAUGUUGGCUAACACUGGGCAGAGCAGCGAAGGGAGUGCUGACCAUGAAAAAUGGGCGGGUCAGGGGGGCGGACAUCGGACCCUGCUCUAUGGUCAUGCCAUCCUCCUACGCCACUCCUUCAGUAGUAUGUACUUGACCUGUUUGAAGACAUCAAGGUCUCUGACAGACAAGCUGUCGUUCGAUGUCGGACUACAAGAAGAUUCAAUAGGAGAAUCCUGUUGGUGGACCAUCCACCCUGCGUCCAAGCAGAGGUCCGAGGGAGAGAAAGUCCGCAUCGGAGAUGACCUGAUUCUUGUCAGUGUGUCAACAGAGAGAUACCUGCACCUCUCUAUCUCCAAUGGCAACAUCCAGGUGGAUGCCUCCUUCAUGCAAACUCUGUGGAACGUCCAGCCUACCUGCUCCUCAGGCAACAUGGCUGUAGGGUAUUUGAUUGGUGGACAUGUGAUGCGUCUUUGUCAUGGGCAUGAUGAGAGCUUGACCAUCCCUGGAGCAGACAAGAAUGAGGAAGAGCAGAGGAUCGUCAACUAUGAGGCGGGUAAGGGAGCGUCUAGGGCUCGCUCACUGUGGAGACUGGAGCCUCUCAGGAUCAGCUGGAGCGGUAGCCACAUCCGGUGGGGCCAGGCCUUCAGGCUACGUCACCUCUCUACUGGCCAUUACCUGGCCCUGACCGAGGAACGUGGACUGGUCCUGCAGGACAGAGAAAAGUCCGACACCACAGCCACUGCCUUCUGCUUUAGGGCCUCCAAGGAAAAGGGUGACUCGGGCCCAAAGAGGGACAUUGAUGGCAUGGGAGUACCAGAGAUCAAGUAUGGAGACUCUGUCUGCUUCAUCAUGCAUCUGGCGACAGGACUAUGGCUGUCUUACCUGGCACCUGAUGCCAAAUCUUCUCGCCUAGGACCCCUGAAAAGACGGGCCUGUCUACAUUCUGAGGGCCACAUGGACGAUGGGCUGACCCUGCAGCGCUGCCAGCAUGAAGAGUCUCGGGCUGCACGCAUCAUCCGUAACACCACAUUUCUCUUCACCAACUUCAUCAAAGCCUUGGACAGUACUGCAGAGGGCGAGUCUACAGCGGUGGCUGGGUACGUUGAAGAGGUGCUGCAGACGCUGAACGAUCUGAUCCAGUACUUCAAACAGCCCGACUCGGAGUUGGAGCACGAGGAGAAACAGUGUCUUCUCCGUUCGCUCAUCAAACGCCAAGACCUCUUCAAAGAGGAGGGGAUGCUGGCCCUCUUGUCCAAAUGCAUUGACCGAAUGAACCUCUACAACAGUGCUGCCCACUUUGGAGAGAUGGCUGGGGAGGAGGCGGGCGCUGCCUGGAAGGACAUUCUCAACCUCCUCUAUGAGCUCCUGGCCUCACUGAUUCGUGGUAACAGGAACAACUGCACCCAGUUUUCCCGCAACUUGGACUGGUUGAUCAGCAAACUGGAGAGACUGGAAUCUUCAUCAGGAAUCCUGGAAGUCCUCCACUGUAUCUUGGUAGAAAGCCCAGAGGCUCUGAACAUCAUCCAGAGAGGGCACAUUAAAUCCAUCAUCUCUUUGCUCUACAAGCAUGGACGCAACCAUAAGAUUCUGGAUGUGUUGUGUUCCCUCUGUGUUUGUAAUGGCGUGGCAGUGAGAGCCAAUCAGAAUCUGAUCUGUGACAACCUUCUUCCCAAAAGGGACCUGCUGCUUCAGACUCGACUGGUCAAUGAUGUUCAGAGUAUGAGACCAAACAUCUUCCUGGGCAUGGCUGAAGGUUCAGCUCAGUACAAGAAGUGGUAUUUUGAGCUGGUGAUCGACCAGGUGGAUCACUUUGUCACUGGAGAGCCGACCCACCUGAGGGUGGGUUGGGCCAACACUAAAGGCUACGCUCCAUACCCUGGUGGAGGAGAGGGAUGGGGAGGCAAUGGUGUCGGGGAUGACCUGUACUCCUACAGCUUUGAUGGACUUCACCUGUGGUCAGGUCGAAUCCCGAGGGCCGUGGCCUCCAUUAACCAGCACCUGCUGAACUCAGAUGAUGUGGUCAGCUGCUGUCUGGAUUUGGGCGCUCCCAGCAUGUCCUUCAGGAUCAACGGGCAGCCUGUCCAGGGCAUGUUCGAGGACUUCAAUACAGACGGAUUCUUCUUCCCCGUCGUCAGCUUCUCUGCAGGUGUCAAAGUCCGUUUCCUGUUGGGUGGGCGCCAUGGAGAUUUCAAGUUCCUGCCGCCCGCUGGUUACUCUCCAUGCUAUGAGGCGCUGUUGCCCAAAGAGAAGAUGCAUGUGGAGCCUGUGAAGGAGUACAAGAGAGACCACGAGGGGGUCCGUGAUCUGCUGGGAACCACCCAGUUCCUCUCUCAGGCUUCCUUCAUCCCCACUCCUGUUGAUACCACCCAGAUUGUUCUUCCCCCUCACCUGGACAACGUCCGGGACAAGCUGGCAGAAAACAUUCAUGAACUGUGGGGGAUGAACAAGAUUGAACUGGGCUGGACCUACGGCAAGGUUCGUGAUGACAACAAGAGGCAGCACCCUUGCCUUGUGGAUUUUGCCAAGCUGCCUGAAACUGAAAGGAACUACAACCUGCAGAUGUCCAGUGAAACACUUAAGACCCUCUUGGCACUGGGAUGCCAUGUUGCCCAGGUCAAUGUUCACGCUGAGGACGAUCUGAAGAAAAUCAAACUACCCAAAGACUACAUGAUGUCUAAUGGAUAUAAGCCUGCGCCACUGGACCUCUCUGAUGUGAAACUGAAUGCAGGUCAGGAGGUUCUAGUUGAUAAACUGGCCGAGAAUGCACACAACGUGUGGGCCAAAGACAGAAUUAAACAAGGAUGGACCUAUGGCAUCCAGCAGGAUUUGAAGAGCAGACGUAACCCUCGCUUGGUGCCAUAUGCUUUAUUGGACGAACGUACUAAGAAAUCUAACAGAGACAGUCUGAGAGAGGCCAUCAGGACCAUGGUUGGAUAUGGAUAUGACAUCGACCCCCCAGACCAGGAGGCCGUCCAUAUGAUGGAUGAUCAGAGCAUCGAGACCAUUCGCUUCUUCCGCGUGGAGCAGACAUAUGCAGUGAAAACAGGGAAGUGGUACUUUGAGUUUGAGUCCCUGACUGGAGGUGAUAUGAGGGUUGGCUGGGCCAGACCGGGCUGCAGACCUGACGUGGAACUGGGAGUGGAUGACCAAGCCUUUGUUUUUGAUGGAUACAGGGGUCGACGUAUGCAUGUAGGCAGCCGCUACUUUGGACAUCCUUGGAAAAAGGGCGACGUGGUUGGUUGCAUGAUCAACAUGGAGGACAAAUCCAUGAUUUUCACCCUGAACGGAGAGCUCCUGAUCACCAACAAGGGCUCUGAGCUUUGCUUUGCUGACUUUGAGACAGAGGACGGUUUCAUCCCUGUCUGCAGUCUGGGGAUGUCUCAGAUCGGCCGGAUGAACCUGGGCAAGGAUGCCAAUACUUUCAAGUACUACACCAUGUGUGGUCUGCAGGAAGGCUUUGAGCCCUUUGCUGUCAACAUGAACAGAGAGAUCACCAUGUGGUUCAGCAAGCGCCUCCCCACCUUUGUCAACAUACCCCAGGACCACAUGCAUGUUGAGGUGACAAGGAUCGAUGGAACGGUGGACAGCCCUCCCUGCCUCAAGGUCACCCACAAGACGUUUGGCACCCAGAACAGCAACAACGACAUGGUGUACUGUAGACUGAGCAUGCCUGUAGAGUUCUACUCUGCAGACAACAGUGGGAGUGAUGCAAAUGAAAAUUUAAUUAUGGAGGAACAGCACCAUCCUCCAAAAGAAGAUGGAACUAUGGACUAUGGAAGCAUCACAACUUACUACCACUCAGUUAGAGUGUUUGCUGGACAGGACCCUGCCUCGGUGUGGGUGGGCUGGGUCACACCAGACUAUCACUACCACAGCAAGAGCUUCGGCCUCAGCAAGACGCGAACAGUCACUGUCACCCUGGGAGAUGAGAGGGGCCGAGUCCAUGAGAGUGUCCAGAGGAGUAACUGCUACAUGGUGUGUGGAGCAGACGCCGUUGGCCCGUCUUCCUCCAACCGCUCCAACUCUGACCUGGAGAUCGGCUGUUUGAUUGACCUUGCCACCGGCCUUGUCUCCUUCACUGCCAAUGGAAAAGAGCUACCCACAACGUAUCAGGUGGAACCAAAUACCAAGCUCUUCCCAUCUGUGUUUGUACGCCCCACCAGUCCGAACCUCUUCCAGUUUGAAUUUGUCAAGAUCAAGGAUGCCAUGCCACUCUCAUCAGCCAUAUUCAAGAGCGAGCACAGGAACCCGGUGCCACAGUGCCCGCCUCGACUGGAUGUGCAGACAAUCGUGGCCGUGCUGUGGAGCCGAAUGCCAAACACCUUCCUCACUGUAGAGACAGCUCGGGUCAGCGAGAGGCAUGGCUGGGUGGUCCAGUGUCUGGAGCAGCUGCAGAUCAUGGCUGUUCAUAUACCUGAGGAGAACAGGUGUUUGGAUAUCCUGGAGUUAUCGGAGCAUGAAGACCUGAGGAAGUUCCACUACCACACGCUGAAGCUGUACUGCGCCCUCUGUGCCCUGGGAAACACUCGUGUAGCUCACGCCCUCUGCAGCCACUUGGACCAAUCACAGCUCCUCUACACCAUCGACAACCAGUACCUCUCUGGCAUGCUCAGAGAGGGCUUCUACAAUGUUCUCAUCAGCAUCCAUCUUGAGACUGCAAAGGAGGCUCGCCUAAUGAUGAACAACGAGUUCAUCAUCCCUGUGACGGAUGAGACGCGCUCCAUCAAGCUGUUCCCAGACGAGUCCAAGCGGCACUCACUGCCUGGUGUGGGACUGAGCACUUCCCUCAAACCUCGGGUCAACUUCUCCCCUGUCGGCAUCAUCAACACCAAACGCCACCAGUACCUCUACAGCCCUCAGAUCCCUCUGGUCAUCCUGAAAGAGAAAGCCAUCAGCAUGCUCACUGAGGCUGUGCAGGGCGGAGGCACGCACAUCCGAGACCCAGUAGGUGGAAGCGCCGAGUACCAGUUCGUCCCCAUUCUGAAGCUGAUCGGAACGCUGUUAAUUAUGGGCGUCCUAACCAGCGAGGAGGUAAGGCUGAUUCUCCUCCUGAUUGACCCCAACGUGUUCGGAGAAGCCACGGAGGGUGAGGAAGGGAAGGCGGAUGAGGUGGCCGAGGCGGGGGAGAAGGAGGAGGUGAGCAAGAACGAAGAGAAGGCCGUGGAGGCGGGAGAAGAGGAGACCAAGGAGAGUAAAGCGCCAGCUAAAGGUCUGCUGGAGAAGUCACUGCCCGAGUCUGUCAAACGCCAGAUGUGUGAGCUGCUGCACUACUUCUGUGACUGUGAGCUGAAGCACCGCAUCGAGUCCAUCGUCUCGUUCUCCGACAGCUUUGUGUCCAAGCUGCAAUUCAACCAGAAGUUCCGUUACAAUGAGCUGAUGCAGGCGCUCAACAUGUCUGCCGCCGUCACUGCCAAGAAGACCAAAGAGUUUCGUUCCCCCCCGCAGGAGCAGAUCAACAUACUGUUGAAUUUCAGUGCAGGGGAGGACUGCCCCUGUCCCGAGGAGAUCCAGGAUGAACUCAACUCCUUCCAUGAAGAAUUGCGACUGCACUGUGGAAUUCCAGUUGAGGAGGAAGAGGAAGAGCAGGACACUUCGAUAAAAGGCCGUCUCCUUGCUCUACUCUACAAGAUCAAGGGUCCACCUCAGAAGACAGAGGAGGAGCCCACAGAGACCGAACAGGCUGCUCCUACCAACCUGAAAGAGCUGAUCUCCCAGACCAUAACCAGCUGGGCCCAGGAGUCUCACAUCCAGGACCCAGAGCUGGUCAGGGUGAUGUUCAGCCUGCUGAGGAGACAGUAUGAUGGCAUCGGGGAGCUGCUCCGGGCCAUGAAGAAAUCCUACACCAUCAGUGCUGCAUCUGUGCAGGAUGCUAUUAACCUAUUGGCAUCCCUGGGUCAAAUCAGGUCUCUGCUGGCAGUGCGUAUGGGCAAAGAGGAGGAGAAACUCAUGAUUGAUGGACUCGGUGACAUCAUGAACAACAAGGUUUUCUACCAACAUCCCAACCUGAUGAGAGUGCUGGGCAUGCACGAGACUGUCAUGGAGGUCAUGGUUAAUGUGUUGGGAGGAGACAAGUCACAGGAGAUUGCCUUCCCCAAGAUGGUGGCUAGCUGUUGUCGUUUCUUGUGCUACUUCUGUCGUAUUAGCCGGCAGAACCAGAAAGCCAUGUUUGACCACCUGAGCUACCUGCUGGAGAACAGCAGCGUUGGACUGGCCUCUGAAGCUAUGCGGGGCUCCACUCCGCUGGAUGUCGCAGCGUCCUCAGUGAUGGACAACAAUGGCCUGGCUCUGGCCCUGGAGGAGCCUGAUCUGGAGAAGGUGGUGACAUACCUGGCAGGUUGUGGUCUCCAGAGCUGUGCCAUACUGGUUGCUAAGGGUUACCCAGACCUUGGCUGGAACCCCAUCGAGGGAGAGCGUUACCUGUCCUUCCUGAGGUUCGCAGUCUUCUGCAAUGGGGAGAGUGUGGAGGAAAAUGCCAAUGUGGUGGUGAAGCUGCUGAUCAGACGCCCAGAAUGUUUCGGCCCCGCCCUGAGGGGAGAGGGAGGCCAGGGUCUGCUGACUGCUAUGAAGGAGGCCAUCAAGAUCUCUGAGGAUCCUGCCCUGGACCUGCCAAAAACCUCGGCUGGAGUCACUACUGCGUCUGGUGAGGAAGAAGGAGAGAUUAUCCACAUGGGCAACGCCAUCAUGUCCUUCUACUCAGCUCUCAUUGACCUGCUGGGACGCUGCGCUCCAGAGAUGCAUCUGAUCAAUGCGGGUAAAGGUGAGGCGCUGCGUAUCCGAGCCAUCCUGCGCUCUCUGGUUCCUACUACGGACCUGGUGGGUGUCAUCAGCAUCCCCCUCAAGAUGCCUGUAGUUAAUAAAGAUGGCACAGUGACAGAGCCCGACAUGUCAGCCAGUUUCUGUCCGGACCACAAGGCCCCCAUGGUGCUCUUCCUGGACCGAGUGUAUGGCAUCGAGGACCAGAGCUUCCUGCUCCAGAUGUUGGAGGUUGGCUUCUUGCCUGACCUCCGAGCCUCAGCGUCUCUCGAUACGGAGGUGUUAAGCACCACUGAGACGGCGUUGGCCAUGAACAGGUACAUCGGCUCAGCCCUGCUGCCCCUGCUGACCCGCUGUGCCGCUCUCUUCGGCAACACAGAGCACUACGCACAGUUGAUCGACUCCACGCUGCAGACCAUCUACCGACUGUCCAAAGGCCGCUCGCUCACCAAAGCCCAGAGGGACGCCAUUGAGGAGUGUCUGCUGGCUAUCUGCAAGCAUCUGCGUCCCUCCAUGAUGCAGCAGCUGCUUAGACGGCUGGUCUUUGACGUUCCCAUGCUCACUGAAUACUGCAAGAUACCUCUACGGCUGAUGACCAACCACUAUGAGCAGAACUGGAAGUACUAUUGCCUGCCAUCUGGUAUGGGCAGCUUUGGCAUAGCCUCCGAGGAGGAGCUUCUCCUCACUAAGAAGCUAUUCUGGGGAAUCUUUGACUCCCUUUCUCACAAGAAGUAUGAUGCUGAACUUUUCAAAAUGGCCAAGUCAUGCCUGUGUGCCAUCGCUGGAGCCCUCCCUCCUGACUUUGUGGAUGCCAGUCUUGGCGCAACACUGGAGAAACAGGCUUCAGUGGAUGCACAGGGUAACUUUGACCCCAAACCAACCAACACUGCCAAUAUCUCCCUUCCUGAAAAACUUGAGUACAUUGCCAACAAAUAUGCAGAGCAUUCCCAUGACAAGUGGUCCUCAGAGAAGGUGUCAGCUGGCUGGAAAAAUGGAGACAGUGUGGAUGAGCAGGCGAAAACCCAUCCACUGCUGAAACCUUACAAAUCUCUGAGUGAGAAGGAACGAGAAACAUACCGUUGGCCAGUGAGGGAGUCGUUGAAGAGCAUGUUAGCUAUGGGCUGGAACAUUGAGAGGACCAAGGAGGGAGAAGUCAUGUUCCAACAACGAGAAAGUGAAAAACAACGAAAGAUCUCCGAGUCUCAGGUUAAUGGAUUCAGUCCUGCUCCGAUGGACCUGCAUAAUGUCACUUUAUCUAGAGAGUUACAGGGCAUGGUGGAGGUGGUUGCAGAAAAUUACCACAACAUCUGGGCCAAGAAGAAGAAAACUGAACUUGUUAGCAAAGGAGGAGGGACCCACCCACUGCUGGUGCCCUAUGAUACCCUGACAGCUAAAGAGAAGUACAGAGACAGAGAGAAGGCCCAGGAUCUCUUCAAGUUUCUGCAGAUCAGUGGCUAUGCCAUCACAAGAGGUCUGAAGGAAAUGGAGCAGGACUCAUCAUCGAUGGAGAAGCGUUUCUCCUUCAAGUUCCUCAAGAGGCUGCUAAAAUAUAUUGACUCUGCCCAGGAGUUUAUUGCUCACCUUGAGGCCAUGGCCACCAGUGGGAAGACGGACAAAUCACCUCAUGACCAGGAAAUUAAGUUCUUUGCCAAGGUGUUGCUUCCUCUGACAGAUCAAACCUUUAGGAACCACUGUCUCUACUUCCUGUCCACACCCAGCAAGAGCUUUAGCAGCUGCGGUUGUGCCUCCAACAAAGAGAAGGAGAUGGUCACCAGCCUGUUCUGUAAGCUGGCAGCUCUUGUCAGACACAGGAUUUCUCUCUUUGGGAGUGACUCAGCAAUGAUGGUGAGCUGUCUGGACAUCCUCACUCACUCACUUGACACCAGAACGGUGAUGAAAUCUGGCGCCGAGCUGGUCAAAGCCGGGUUUAAGACUUUCUUUGAGAAUGCAGCGGAGGACUUGGAGAAGCUGGUGGAGAUGCUGAAACUGGGGAAGUUCAUGCAGUCCCGUGCCCAGAUGAAGAGUGUCAGUCAGAGCAUCAAUUAUGUGACUGUGGCUCUGCUGCCCAUCCUCACUGCCCUGUUUGACCACAUAAGGACGUAUGAGUUUGGAGUGGACCUGCUGUUGGAUGACGUGCAGCUGUCCUGCUACAGAAUCCUAACAUGUUUCUAUUGUCUGGGAACAGGAAAGAACGUCUUUGUGGAAAGGCAUCUUCCUGCACUGGGGGAGAGCCUGGCCACCUUGGUGGGAGCCAUACCUGUGGCGUUCCUGGAGCCCCACCUUAACGCCCACAACCCACUCUCUGUCUUCAACACCAAGACCCCUCGAGAGAGAGCAAUCCUCAGUAUGCCAGACACAGUGGAGGAGAUGUGUCCAGAGAUGCCGAGUCUUGACAGACUCCUGAAAGACGUGAAUGAUGUCUCAGAGUCUGGUGCUCGCUACAGUGACAUGCCACAGGUCAUUGAGGUGAUCCUUCCCAUGCUGUGCAACUAUCUGUCCUACUGGUGGGAGAAAGGUCCGGAGAGCUCACCUCCAGGUUCCCAGUGUUGCACCAUGGUGACCUCUGAACACCUCAGCAUCAUCCUGGGAAAUAUCCUCAGGAUCCUCAACAACAACCUGGGCAUUGAUGACGCACCCUGGAUGAAGAGGAUUGCAGUCUACUCUCAGCCAAUCAUCUGCAAGGCUGGAGCAGAUCUGCUGAGAACCCACUUCCUGCCAACACUGGACAAACUAAAGAAGAAGACAGUGAAGGUUGUGGCUGAAGAGGAGCUGCUGAAGGCCGACAGCAAAGGUGACAACCAGGAGGCAGAGCUGCUCAUCCUGGAUGAGUUUGCUGUGCUCUGCAGGGACCUCUACGCUUUCUACCCCAUGCUUAUCCGUUAUGUGGAUAACAACAGGUCAAGGUGGUUGAAGGAGCCUGAUGCAGACUCCACUGAGCUCUUCAGGAUGGUGGCUGAGAUCUUUAUCCUCUGGUGCAAGUCCCAUAACUUUAAGCGUGAGGAGCAAAACUUUGUGGUUCAGAAUGAGAUCAACAAUUUGGGCUUCCUGACUGGAGAAGGCAAGGCAAAGAUGUCCAAGUCAGGUGGAGACCAGGAGAGGAAACACAAGCGUCGCCGUGGUGAAUACUACUCCAUCCAGACCUCUCUGAUUGUCGCUGCCUUGAAGAAGAUGCUGCCCAUUGGUCUCAACAUGUGCACCCCAGGUGACCAGGAGCUCAUCUCUUUGGCCAAGAUACGCUACAGUCUGAAAGACACAGAUGAUGAGGUGAAGGAGCACUUGCGUCAGAAUCUCCAUCUCCAGGACAAGUCCGAUGACCCAGCAGUCCAGUGGCAGUUGGACCUAUACAAGGAUGUGGUGCUGAAGAGCGACCUACCUAUAGACUCGGAACACACAGUGGUCCGUGUCCAGAGCAUCUCUGCUGCAGUUUUCCAUCUGGAGCAGGUGGAGCAGCCUCUGAGGAAUAAGAAGUGUGUGUGGCAGAAGCUGCUGUCCAAGCAGCGUAAGCGCGCUGUCGUGGCUUGUUUCCGCAUGGCUCCACUCUACAAUCUACCCAGGCAUCGCGCUAUCAACCUCUUCAUCCCGGCCUAUGAGAGACUUUGGAUAGAGGCAGAGGAGUACUCCUUUGAGGAGAAGCUAGUUCAGGAUCUGGCAAAAACCCCCAUGAAGAUUGUGGAGGAGGAGGAAGAGGAGGUGGCUGAGAUCCAGCCCGACCCUCUCCAUCAACUCAUCCUCCACUUCAGCCACAACGCUCUGACAGAGAGAAGUUACUUGGAGGAAGAUCCUUUGUAUAUUGCAUAUGCAGACAUGAUGGCAAAGAGCUGUGCAGAGGAUGAAGAGGAAGAAGAGGAAGAAGGGAAAGAAAAGACAUUUGAGGAAAAGGAGAUGGAAAAGCAGAAGAUCCUGUAUCAGCAGGCAAGGCUGCACGCCCGUGGGGCUGCUGAGAUGGUGCUACAGAUGAUCAGCGCCAGUAAAGGUCGUCUAGGCCCCAUGGUGACCUGCACCCUCAAACUGGGAAUUUCCAUCCUAAAUGGAGGCAAUGUGCAAGUUCAGCAGAAAAUGCUUGUUUACCUGAAAGAGAAAAGAGAUGCAGGGUUUUUCAAGAGUCUCUCAGGCCUGAUGCAGUCUUGCAGUGUCCUGGACUUGAAUGCAUUUGAGAGGCAGAACAAAGCAGAAGGUCUUGGCAUGGUGACAGAGGAAGGUUCAAGUAAAUAUAUUUUCUCCCAAGGCUCCAAGGUGCUACAGAAUGAUGAGUUUACUAAAGACUUGUUCCGGUUUUUGCAACUUCUGUGCGAGGGGCACAAUAGAGAUUUCCAGAACUUCCUGAGAACCCAAACUGGAAACACAACCACAGUCAACAUCAUUAUCAGCACUGUUGACUAUCUGCUCCGUCUUCAGGAAUCUAUCAGUGACUUCUACUGGUACUACUCUGGCAAAGAUGUCAUUGAUGAUACAGGAAAAAUCAACUUCUCCAAAGCUUUAUCUGUAGCCAAGCAGAUAUUCAACUCACUGACUGAGUAUAUUCAGGGCCCAUGUAUUGGGAACCAGCAGAGUCUGGCUCACAGCAGACUGUGGGAUGCAGUAGUGGGCUUCUUGCAUGUAUUUGCCAACAUGCAGAUGAAGCUAUCUCAGGAUGCCAGUCAGAUUGAGCUGUUGAAGGAGCUGAUGGACUUACAGAAGGACAUGGUGGUCAUGCUGUUGUCUCUGCUAGAGGGUAAUGUGGUGAAUGGAACAAUUGGAAAACAGAUGGUUGACACACUGGUGGAGUCUUCUAACAAUGUUGAGAUGAUCCUCAAAUUCUUUGAUAUGUUCCUCAAACUGAAGGAUCUAACAACCUCUGACAACUUCAAGGAGUACGACCCCGAGUUUAAAGGCAUUAUUUCAAAGAAGGAGUUCCAGAAGUCCAUGGAGAGUCAGAAGCAGUACAGCCAGUCUGAGAUUGAUUUCCUGCUCUCGUGUGCAGAGGCAGAUGAGAACGAUAUGUUUAAUUACAAGGAGUUUGUGGAGCGAUUCCAUGAGCCAGCCAAAGACAUCGGCUUCAACGUGGUAGUCCUGCUGACCAACCUGUCUGAACACAUGCCACACGACUCUCGACUCGCCACCUUCUUGGAUUUGGCAGAGAGCGUGCUCAGCUACUUUGAACCUUACCUGGGUCGUAUUGAAAUCAUGGGCAGUGCAAAGCGCAUUGAGAGGGUAUACUUUGACAUCAGCGAGUCGAGCCGUGAACAAUGGGAGAAGCCACAGGUCAAAGAGUCCAAGCGUCAGUUCAUCUUUGAUGUGGUCAAUGAGGGCGGAGAGAGUGAGAAGAUGGAGAUGUUUGUGAAUUUCUGUGAGGACACCAUCUUUGAGAUGCAGCUUGCUUCACAGAUCUCUGAGCCGGAUGAGGUUGAACAACCUGAGGAGGAGGAAGAUGAGGAUGGACACAGCAUCCUGGAGGAGCUGGCUGCAGAGGAAGGAGGUGCCCUGGAGUCUGCCUCAGCCUUCUCCACUGCAUGUUGCGCAGUGAAGAAGAAGGUUGCGCAUGUCCGCCAAAUAUUUUCUAUUAAAAACGUACGCAAGCAGUUCAAGAAAAUCAAGAAACUGACCAUCAAGGAGAUUAUCACAGGCUUCUUCUCCUUCUUCUGGAUGCUCUUCACUGGCUUCUUUAAGGGAAUCUACAGUCUCAUCUUUGGUUUCUUCCACGUCAUCUGGUCCUCCAUGUUUGGUGGUGGCCUGGUAGAGGGUGCCAAGAACAUAAAGGUGACGGACAUCCUUGGGAACAUGCCUGACCCAACCCAAUUUGGUAUCCAUGGAGAUGUGAUAGAAGGAGAGAAAGUGGAGGCUAUAGAGUCAUCAGGAAACUUAGAUAUAGCCAUGGCACCAGCAGGGGACAUAGCAGAGGUGGACAUGAUGCUGGAGAUGCUGACGAUGCCUAAGAAGGAAGGAGGGAAACAUCUGGAGCCUGGCCUGGGUGACGUUUCUGAGCUGAGUGCAGAGACGUCCACUACUGAUCAAAAAAAGAAAGCUGCUGCCAAGCCUGUUGAAACUCCUGAGAGCGAACCAGAAAAAGCAGACACAGAGAACCAGGAGAAGGAGGAUAAGCCAAAGGAGGAGGAAGCUAAGGAACCGGUGACAGAGGAGAAGCCCAAGACCAGAUUGAGCCAGGCUAAAGAGCCGGCGCCUGCCUUCAUGUCCAAUAUCUUUGCUGCUCUGGACAUCUACCUGACCAAGAUGCUGAACUACCUGGCUCGUAACUUCUACAACCUGCGUUUCCUGGCUCUGUUUGUGUGUUUUGCCAUCAACUUCAUUCUGCUCUUCUACAAGGUCACUGGUGAAACUGAUGAGGACACUGAUGAUGAAAACCAAUGGGGUGAGGAGGAGGAAGAUCAGGACACACUUUUUGACAUGGAUGAGUUUGUGCUUCAGGAGAGCACUGGCUACAUGUUACCAACGCUGCGCUUCCUGGCUAUAUUCCACACUGUCAUCUCGCUCCUCUGUGUGGUCGGGUACUACUGUCUGAAGGUUCCUUUGGUGGUGUUCAAGAGAGAGAAGGAGAUUGCCAGGAAACUUGAAUUUGAUGGUCUCUACAUUACUGAGCAGCCGUCUGAUGAUGACAUCAAGGGCCAGUGGGAUCGACUCGUCAUCAACACCCCUUCUUUCCCCAACAACUACUGGGACAAGUUUAUCAAGCGCAAGGUGAUCAACAAAUAUGGUGACAUGUAUGGAGCUGAACGCAUCGCUGAGCUCUUAGGCCUGGAUAAGAGUGCUCUCGACUUUGACCCCACAGUGGAGACUGAAGAGAGGGAAGCCUCCUUGGUCUCCUGGCUGAGCUCCAUUGAUACAAAGUACCACAUCUGGAAGAUGGGUGUGGUUUUGACUGACAACUCCUUCCUGUAUCUGAUCUGGUACACCACCAUGUCCAUCUUUGGACACUUCAACAACUUCUUCUUUGCUGCUCACUUGCUGGACAUCGCCAUGGGCUUCAAGACCCUUCGCACCAUCCUGUCUUCUGUCACUCACAACGGGAAGCAGCUUGUGCUGACUGUGGGUCUGCUGGCUGUGGUCGUCUAUCUCUACACUGUUGUGGCCUUCAACUUCUUCAGGAAGUUCUACAAUAAGAGCGAGGAUGAAGACGAGCCUGACAUGAAGUGUGACGACAUGAUGACGUGCUAUUUGUUCCACAUGUAUGUCGGUGUGAGAGCUGGAGGAGGUAUUGGAGAUGAGCUGGAGGACCCAGCUGGAGACCCUUAUGAGCUCUACCGCAUCCUGUUUGACAUCACCUUCUUCUUCUUUGUCAUCGUCAUCCUGCUGGCCAUCAUUCAGGGUUUGAUCAUUGAUGCCUUUGGUGAGCUGAGAGACCAGCAGGAGCAGGUGAAGGAGGACAUGGAGACCAAAUGCUUCAUCUGUGGCAUCGGCAACGACUACUUUGAUCGGACGCCUCACGGGUUUGAAACCCACACCUUACAAGAGCACAACCUCGCCAACUACCUGUUCUUCUUGAUGUACCUGAUUAACAAGGACGAGACUGAACAUACGGGUCAGGAGUCAUAUGUGUGGAAGAUGUACCAGGAGAGAUGCUGGGACUUCUUCCCUACUGGGGACUGCUUCCGUAAGCAAUAUGAGGACCAGUUGGGUUAGAGAGGUGGGUCAGACUUGUGUAUUGCCCCAAACACCCCUCUCUACUUUCCUUCUAUCUGAAAGAGACAAUGAACUUGACUUCACCAUUAACAC